GCUUGAGAUUUCAAGAUGGCGGAGAGAGUAGUUUUGUAAUUUGUAGGGUGUAACUGAUGGUUGCUCAAUUAGCAAAGUAUGAUUCAUUGACUUUCCACUGUCAUUCGUAUUCGUAUGAACCACGCGGUGUGGAAUUUAUCAUCUUGAAUGCUGUCAGCUUUACAUUUCGACGCCUGAAACUUUAAGCUUCAGUAAAUAUGAGCGAGCAGAGCAUCGCCUCGGCGAGGGCGUCUGUGAUGGUGUACGACGACGUGAACAAGAAGUGGGUCCCGAGCGGCACGUCGUCGGGCCUGUCCAAGGUGCACAUCUUCCAGCACCAGGUCAACAACACCUUCCGCGUCGUCGGCCGCAAGCUGCAGGACCACGAGGUGGUCAUAAACUGCGCGAUCCUGAAGGGGCUGAAGUACAACCAGGCGACCGCCACGUUCCACCAGUGGCGCGACAACAAGCAAGUGUACGGCCUCAACUUCAGCAGCAAGGAUGACGCCGACUCGUUCGCGCGCGCCAUGCUGCAAGCGCUCGAGAUCCUGAGCAGCGCCAUCGCCAGGCCGGUGCCCCCUCCGCCGGGGGUCGCCCCCGCCCCGCAGUCCGUGUACCAGCCGGCCAACGGGCAGUUCGAGGAGGACAUGGGCUACAGUCAGGUGGUCUCUCUGCCCCGAGUGGCGCUGUACCACCAGGUGACGUCGGGCGCCCCGGCAAGGAUACCGGACGCCGGCCACGCCGGGACCACGAGGACCAUGACGCGAGAGGAUGUGGCAGUCAUUCAGGAGAGAAGAAUGUCUCAGCAACAGCAAAUGCUGGGCAGCCCCGGCAGCUCCUCCCCGGGAGCACCGACGCCGCCCGCCCCGCCGGGCCACCACCGCACCUCGUCCGCCCCGCCGGCGCCUCAGCCCCCGCCGAUGGCUCUGGCCCCCUCGGCCACCUCCCCCCAGCAGCCCGGGCCGCCCCCCGCCCCGCCAGCCCCGCCAGCCCCGCCCUGCCCCCCCUGGCUGGGGCCGCCCGCCCCCUCCGUGCCCCCCGUGAUGUCCGCCCCGCCCCCGCCGCCCCCUCCGCCCGCCCCCAGCGCCCUGUCCCGCUCCUCCAGCAACGACGGCCAGGACCAGACGUCCUCGCUGGCGGCCCAGCUACAGAGCGCCCGGCUGCGGCGCUCCAAGCAGCAGGCGGAGAACAGUGGCUCCAGCACCAGCAGCAGCGGCAGCAGCAACUACGGCACCAUCGGGCGCGGGGGCGUCGCCACCAUGUCCAGCAUGAUGGACGAGAUGGCCAAGACGCUGGCGCGGCGCCGCAAGGCCGCCGAGAAGAAGGACCCCGCCGACGCCCCGCAGGAGGGGGACGCGGGCCAGGACAGGAAGGCGUGGGACAAGGCGGGCGCCAACGGCAGGUUCGCCAACGGGCCCGGCCCGGAGUCGCCCAAGCCGGCGCGCAAGCGGCUGGGCUCGUCCUCGGAGGAGCCGGCGGCGGGGAGGCCCGACGGCGCGGCGGAGGGGGGCGGCGGCUGGGAGGCGCUCAAAGCCGACCUGCUCAGGGAGAUGAGGAAGGAGAUGGACAAGAUGAAGCAGGACAUCAUCGACGCCAUAAAGGUGGAGUUCAGUCGGAGGUAAUGGCCGCGUCGGUGUUGCGGCUGGCGCACCCAGUUCCUAGGAGGCAGAGUUGGCUGCGUCAUCAUUCGUCAGGUCUGCGGGGAGAAAGUGACGGAAGGGAGAGAAGAAGGA